AUGGCUGUCAAACCGAUCACCGGCAUGCUCCGACGACAGGUCGUGCUCGACCUCUCUGUCGCUAUGGGUCUUGGCCUCACUGCCGGCUACGGCUGGUGGUACGGCGAUGCGACUGCGCUUCCUAUCCUCAGAAUCUUUAUUACGCCCAUACUUACUAUCCAAGGCUACCACGUCCCUGCCGUCCGUCACCGUGACGCCUUCUACCAGAAGCUCGAAGACGAGCGCGCAUCAUCUCUCGGCCAGAAAUAA